AAAUAAUUUUACAAAAUGGCUGCUUUUGCAAAAAUAUACAUGAGCCCAAAUUUAAUGCAAUUCACAGCCAUGCUUAUAUUUUUACAUUUAAGUGCGGCGGUGCAUCGUUACGAUCAGUCUUCCUCUUUGGAAACCAGUAAUCCCUAUUAUCGCACCUCUAGUUCGGGUGAGGUUUUCGGCUCCUCUUCUUCUCUGUCCAGCGAUGCUUUUCCCCAUCACAAUCGCUGUGAGGCCAUAACCAUAUCCAUUUGCAAAAAUAUACCCUACAACAUGACCAUUAUGCCCAAUCUAAUAGGCCAUACCAAACAGGAAGAGGCUGGCCUAGAGGUUCAUCAAUUUGCUCCUCUAGUCAAGAUCGGCUGCUCGCCCGAUUUACAGUUAUUCCUUUGUUCGUUAUAUGUUCCCGUUUGCACCAUUUUAGAGCAACCCAUACCUCCCUGUCGUUCGUUGUGUGAAUCGGCCAGAGUUUGUGAGACUCUUAUGAAAACUUAUAAUUUUAAUUGGCCCGAGAAUUUAGAGUGCUCGAAAUUUCCGGUGCAUGGCGGUGAGGCUUUGUGUGUGGCCGAGAAUACUACCUCGUCGACGGCCUCACCCACGCGAGUUGCUCCCAAGGUGACUACGCGCAAGAAUUAUGCCGGUUUGGAUAGUCCGCAUCGCGAUAUCGGUUUCGUGUGCCCCGUGCAAUUGAAAACGCCCCAGGGUAUGGGCUAUGAGCUGAAAGUUGGCGGCAAGGAUAAACGUGAUUGUGGUGCUCCCUGUCAUGCCAUGUUUUUCCCCGAAAAAGAACGUACCGUUCUUAGAUAUUGGGUGGGCUCAUGGGCGGCUGUUUGUGUGGCCAGCUGUUUGUUUACGGUCCUUACUUUCCUCAUUGAUUCCUCACGCUUUCGUUAUCCCGAAAGAGCCAUAGUUUUUCUGGCUGUUUGCUAUUUGGUGGUGGGCUGUGCUUAUGUAGCCGGUUUGGGUGCCGGCGAUUCAGUGUCCUGUAGGGAACCCUUUCCACCUCCAGUGCGAUUGGGCAGAUUACAAAUGAUGUCCACUAUAACACAGGGUCAUCGGCAGUCAACAGCUUGUACGGUUCUUUUCAUGGCUUUGUAUUUUUGUUGUAUGGCUGCAUUUGCCUGGUGGUCAUGUUUGGCAUUUGCUUGGUUUUUGGCUGCUGGUUUGAAAUGGGGUCACGAAGCCAUUGAAAAUAAAUCACAUCUAUUUCAUCUGGUUGCCUGGGCCAUACCAGCUUUACAAACCAUCUCGGUGCUGGCAUUAGCUAAAGUUGAAGGUGAUAUUUUAUCCGGAGUCUGUUUUGUGGGUCAAUUAGACACCCACUCCUUGGGCGUAUUCCUCAUCAUACCUUUGUGCAUUUAUCUGUCCAUUGGAGCCCUCUUCCUAUUAGCCGGUUUUGUAUCACUCUUUCGCAUACGCACUGUCAUGAAAACCGAUGGCAAGCGCACCGAUAAAUUGGAAAGACUAAUGAUGCGCAUUGGCUUCUUUUCGGGACUUUUUAUUCUGCCCGCUCUCGGCUAUUUGGGCUGCCUCUUCUACGAAUACUACAACUUUGACGAAUGGAUGAUACAAUGGCAUCGUGACAUCUGUAAACCUUUCUCCAUACCUUGUCCUCUGCCCCGGCCAGAUGGUUCAGAGUCUAGGCCCAUUUUCCAGAUAUAUAUGGUCAAGUAUUUGUGCUCAAUGCUGGUGGGUGUUACCUCAAGUGUGUGGCUGUAUUCGAGUAAGACGGUGGUGAGUUGGCGUAACUUUGUGGAGAGGCUGCAGGGUAAAGAGACAAGAACCCGGGGCCAGGCGUAUGUGUAAGGUAGUUUUAAGCUGACAUUUUAACAAGAAAUUAAAAAUUUUGAAUGUGAAGAAAACAAAACAAAACAAAAAA